AUGACCCGCGACGGGGACAUCCCGACCAUCUUCAAUCCCAGAGGUCGAAACAGAACACCGAGCGUCGUCGUCACAGAAGAAGGCGUGGCCAACGGUCCAUUCGCUCAUACCGAUUCAGUAAGCAGCCAACAGGAAUCGCAGGCGGCCGGGGAACUACUGUCACCGGUGCCACCAUGCGGCGUUACGGGAAAAUUGAAAUCCUGUUCGACAUCGUUUUGCUCAAAGUCGGCCAGGAAGAUAUAUUUCGGAAUAUGGGUAACAGUAUGCGUAACGGCGUCAUGGGUUGGAGCAACGCAUUGCAUCAAAUACCUUUACUUAAGACGGCCGAAGGACACAGAUGUCGAUGCAGAACCUGUAUUGAUCCCACAUGACACUACCGGAAUUAAUAUGACCUUAGUACAAACCAUAUACACCGCCUCGUACCAGGCUCCGUUUUUUACCACAUGGUUCGUGACCAACUGGACAAUGCUAUUUUUUCCCCUCUAUUUUCUCUGUCGUCUAAGUAACAGAAGAUGCGAGUCAAUAUCGGACAUCCUCUCCGAGAGCAUUAGGGACUUCAGGGAUAAAGGAUUUACUGCAGUGAGAUUCAUGACAAGAUGCAGCCUCUUCUGUAUCCUGUGGGUGGGAACGAAUUACAUGUACAUUAUGUCCUUAAGGAUUCUCCUUGCGACUGACGUCAUGGCUCUUUUCGCUACUAAUGUUUCUUUCGUAUACUUACUCUCUUGGGUCAUUCUACAUGAGCAGUUUGUCGGUAUAAGAAUAAUGGCUGUGAUAAUUUGCGACACUGGCGUAGCGUUGCUAGCUUACAUGGAUGGAAUAACAGGAAGCCCAACACUUGGGGGAGUCGUUCUUGCCACAUCUGCAGCAGCUGGAUCAGCUGUAUACAAAGUGUUGUUCAAGAAGGUGAUAGGAGACGCGACCUACGGCCAGGUGGCGCUGUUCUUCUCGCUCAUCGGCAUGCUGAACGCUGCUUUCCUCUGGCCACUAUGCCUGGGGUUAUUUCUGAUGGGGAUCGAAACCCUCCAUUGGGACAUGUUACCGUGGCCAGCGUUGUUAACGUCAAGUGUUCUUUCUCUAGUUGCCAACUUAUUGGGUAAUUUUAGUAUAGCUCUAACCUACGACUUAUUUAUAACUUUAGGACUUAUAACAGCCGUCCCUGUGUCUGCAGCCCUAGAUGUUGUACUGUAUGGUGCAAGCUUCGAAGGAAUGAAAUUAGCAGGAAUGAUUUUGAUAGGAGUAGGAUUUUUCCUUGUCAUGUUUCCUGACAAUUGGCCUGAUUAUAUUACAAGGCUCUUGAGAAAUAUCAUAAUGUUGAGCCACAGUGCGAGAUGGAGCAGGAGAAGCCGGCACGGAUCCAAUGGUCCGCGUAACCACGUUGUUGACUACAGAACUGGCUACAUACGAUCGCAUUUGCGUUCACCGUCCGGGAGAGUACGGUGA